AUGAGGCCGAAUAGGUCUCCAGAGGAAAGCACUGAGGGAGAUGCCAGGAGAACAGAUCGGAAGCCCACGGUGAGAGAUGCUUUCAAAGACAUCUCCGUAUAUUUCUCCAAGGAAGAAUGGGAAGAGAUGGGAGAAUGGGAAAAAAUCCGACAUAGGAAUGUGAAAAGGAACUACGAAGCGCUAAUUGCUAUAGGUUUCAGAGCCACUCGACCAGCUUUCAUGCAUCACCACAGGCAGGUCAUCAAACCCCAGGUAGAUGACAUUGAGGAUUCUGAUGAAGAAUGGACACCAAGGCAGCAAGGUAAACUUUCUGCGAUGGCCUUCAGAGUAGAGCACAGUAAACACAAGAAGGGAAUGUCCAGGGCAUCAUUAAGUAAGGAAUCUAGUUUGAAGGAAUUGCCAGGAGCAGCAAAAUUGCUGAAGACAAGUGGCUCCAAGCAGGCUCAGAAACCGGUCACCCCUCCCAGAAAAGCAAGGACCCCUGGACAGCACCCCAGACAAAAAGUUGAACUCAGAAGAAAGGAGACUGGAGUGAGGAGAUACAGUCUACGAGAAAGAAAGGGCCACGUGUACCAAGAUGUCAGUGAGCCGCAGGAUGAUGACUACCUCUAUUGUGAGGAAUGUCAGAACUUCUUCAUCGACAGCUGUGCUGCCCACGGGCCCCCAACCUUUGUAAAGGACUCUGCAGUGGAAAAGGGGCAUGCCAACCGCUCAGCCCUCACUCUACCCCCUGGGUUAAGCAUCAGACUGUCGGGCAUCCCGGAGGCUGGGCUUGGAGUGUGGAACGAGGCAUCCGAUCUGCCGAGGGGCCUGUACUUUGGCCCCUACGAGGGCCAGAUCACAGACGAUGAGGAGGCCGCCAACAGUGGGUACUCCUGGCUGAUCACCAAAGGGAGAAACUGCUACGAGUAUGUGGAUGGAAAGGACACGUCUUGGGCCAACUGGAUGAGGUAUGUGAAUUGUGCCCGGGAUGACAAGGAGCAGAACCUGGUGGCCAUCCAGUAUCAUGGGCAGAUCUUCUACCGAACCUGCCAGGUGGUCAGGCCGGGCUGUGAGCUGCUGGUCUGGUACGGGGAUGAGUAUGGCCAGGACCUCGGCAUCAAGCGGGACAGCAGGGGGAAGAGCGAGCUCGCGGCUGGGAGAGGUGAGUGCCACCCCUCUUCCAAUGCCCCACCCCAUCCUGGGGAGCCUCCCUGGGCCGAUUCCAAGCAGAGUACAAUCCAGUCUAAAGAUGGUUUCAGGAGGCUGAAGUCCACCCGGUCACCAGAAGACACCAAGCGGAGAGACACCAGCAGUCAUGGGGACAGACAGCUAGCUGCCUCCGCUGCACACUCCACCCUGACCAUGGCGGCCCCACGGCUGUACCAGCCCCGCCUGCGCGCAGCUCUGCUUGGCUGCCAGGACUUGGGGACCCUGGCUUUCACCUCCUGCGUGCCUGCCAGUGAGGGGUUUCCAAGGCACCAACUGGGGUUGGCGAAGGGCGAGCUGGAUGCCAGGGAACCCGAGACCCUGCAGCAGGUGGAGGUGCUGCUGCCCCCAGUGCCCACCUGGGUCUCAGGAGGUGGAAGAGAGACCAGGUUGUCCUUCCCACCUCCUGCCCAGAGAAUGACAAAGGCCAGUUCCCAAAAGUCGGAGCAGGGUGGGCAGAUUUAUUCCUGGGACACAUCUCAGUUCUUGAAACCAUCCUCUGCGCAGUGUGGCCCUACGAAAGGAGGCGGAGGACCUGGAGGCCGCGGGCCGGUGAAGAGGUCGCAGGCGCUCCGGUCCCUGAGCAGAUGGCUGGCCACGCGGGCCGGGAUACUCUCCUCCGCUCCCUCGGACACAGGGCUUCCCAGCCUCGGCCCCAGGCUGCUCGGGCUCCAGAGAUCUGACAUCAGCUCAGGUCGUCAGUGCCGAAGAAGACUGGAGUAG